UACUUUUUACUUUUCCAUUCUCAGGUUAAACAUCAGAUCAGAAUGCUCAAAUGCUGUCUUCUUAUGUGUCUCUUCAGAGUGAUCUCGCCAGAUUUGAUAUCUCAGCCCCGUUCCUCAGUGAUGGUGCAGCUUGGAAAAUCUGCCACUCUGGAGUGCACCAUUGAACAAAAACAUCUGAGUCACUUGGUCUGGUACAAACAGGUCAUUGCACAGGCUCCCAGCUGCAUCUUAUCAUCUUUUGGUCACAGUAAUCUGUUUACAUUAUACGAAGGACUUAAAGAUACACGUUUUGUCAUGCAAAAGAAUGGAACGAGAUUUAAUCUCCAUAUUUCAAAAGUUGAGUUUUCAGAUAUUGCUACAUAUUACUGUGGAGCAAUACGAUACACAGAUCUGAAGUUUGGAAAUGGAACUAUACUGCUUGUUAAGGAUGAUGAAGCCAGAAUUUGGCCUGUCCUGUCAACUCUGUCUAAAUCACUCCAGUCAGGGGACAAUACUGAUAAGUGGUGUGUGAUGUACAGACAGACACAUACAGGAAACCCAAAUGUUUCAUGGUUUGGGCAUCUGUUAGGGCAGCCUUUCACACAAUUGACUUUCACACAAGGAAUUGUGUUUCAGAGAAGCUCAGAGGCUGGGCUUCCUACACAGAGCUGUAUCUAUGACCUCCCCAAAAGCAACCUCAGCCACUCUGAAGCUGGAAUUUACUACUGCGCCGUGGCCACUUGUGGAGAGAUCGUGUUUGGUAAUGGAACACUACAUGAUGAAGCUCAUGUAUACCAGAGCCAUGAUUCCAGGCAAUUUCUGGUGGUUUUGGGUUUGGGAAUCCUGAAUGGUGUUCUUGUUGUUGUGAUUGCUGUCCUGUGGUAUGGAUACUCCCAGUUAGCCCAUUGUGGCUGCUGUGUGGAAAGUGCCUGUGAACAUGUGGCCCAUUCCUCAUCCCAGCACACACAACCUGACAGCUCCCAGCACCGGAAUGAGGAAACAUCAACAGUUACUUAUGCUUCCUUAGAAUUCAAGCACAUCAGGACUGGAAUGGGACACAGGAGACGAGAACUAAACAAGGAUACUAUAUACAGCAAUUUCAUGUUCCAACAAUGGGAAUAAGAACGUUAAUUCUUAACGAAUAAAAUAAUUGUUCAGAGUUGCAUUAUAAUACAUUACCUGUAUUAUACAUUCUAACUGUUGCAAUUGUAAUACCUAAUGAUAUUACUUACAUUAUAUCCUUGUACUUAGAAGGUAUGUUAGGGGUAUAAACUUUUUUAAAACUGAUUACUCAAUUACUCAUUACUCAAAAUGGCUCUAGCUCAUUGGGAACAGUUAACAGACUAUAAUCAUCAAGUUGAUUUUUGAGUGGAUUCAAGUUGGGAUUUUGACUGGGCCGCUUAAAGACAAUCACUGGGUGACUCAGUCAGGUUGUCCCCCUAGGAUUUUCUUGAUCUUUCCAAAACCAAUUUCAUAAUUUCAGGAUCUCAGUCCUGACAGGCUUCUGAGUUUCUGCUUACGAGAAAUCCCCUUAACAUAACAUUGCUACCACCUUAACACAAAAAGAACAUUUAAAAAUAUUGAAAGGGUUGUGUUGGGAUUGUGCUAUUAGUCCAAAAUGUUCAAAUGUUUACUUUUAAUAUAAACAAUAUGUGACAUAUUUUGCAUUGUUUCUCACACAUACUAAGGUACAUUUUAUUUGAUAUUGGUUGUUUUCAGUAAAGGCUUCUUUCUUGCCACUCUAUCUUAAAGGUCUGCUUUGAUUAGUAACUAGGAUAAUCAUUUCAAUUUUGCAAAUCUUUCAAAGGCAAGAGUUCAUUGUGACACUCCUAACUAGUUUCCUGUUUGCCUGGCUCCUCAGUUUAGAAGGGUUACCAAGGGUUCAUCUAGGUAAUAUCUUGGUAAUGUUUCACUUCUUAUUGAUGGACUUUGCUGUGCUCAAAGAGAUAAAUAUCCUUCUCCUGAUCUCUCCAAAGAGAUAAAUAUCCUUCUCCUGAUCUCUGCUUUGCUAUCACUUUAUCCUUAUUUCAUCAGCUCUUUGGUCUUCAAGGUUGCUUUUGCAACUUGUAAUUUGAAGUUCUGUGGUACCUUACUGAGACCGAAGCAGAGACCAUUACAAUUUAUCAAGGUAGAAAACCUUUAUAUUUUUUCAGAUUGGAAUAAACCUUUUCUUGUUCUAUUUGAAAGUGUCAUGAUUGAAAGUUUACAUAGGACACUUUGCAGGGAGUGGAUACUUUUUCAAGGCACUGUAUAUAUACAGUAUAUAACAUAAUCCAGCAGAGGGUAGAAUAAAUCUUAAGAAAAAUUUUAAGAAAGUGGCAGUGUGGAUACUGAAUGGAGUCACUCACCAAGAUGCAUGCUUUUGUGUGUGACUCUUUGACGAGAAGUUCCAUAAUUGUUCUUCUAAUAGUACGUGCUACUAGUAUGUGACUAUACUUUAUUGUAGAGCUUAAUUACAUACUUUUGCAAUAAAAAGUGUGAUUCAUCUGUU